AAGCUAAUCACAUCCUCUGAGAUUCUUGUAAACUGUCCAAUCAUGAACAAGACCUCCCCCAUCCCUCAUUAGCAUUGCUGACGCCAGCAGCCUAUAAAAAGCGAGCUCCGCGCCCACUUUCCCUUAUUCUGUGUCUGACAGUGACCGUCGUUAUGGCAGAUGAGAAGAAAUCGCAGGCAACUUCCAAGAAAGGCGCGAAGAAAAUCAUCAAGAAGGCGCCGGGGAAAAGCGGCAAGAAAAGGAGCCGACGCAGGAAAGAAAGUUACUCCAUCUACAUCUACAAAGUGAUGAAGCAGGUUCACCCCGACACCGGCAUCUCCUCCAGGGCCAUGAGCAUCAUGAACUCGUUCGUCAACGAUAUUUUCGAGCGUAUCGCAGGGGAGGCUUCCCGCCUGGCCCAUUACAACAAGCGCAGCACCAUCAGCUCCCGGGAGAUCCAGACCGCCGUGCGGCUGUUGCUGCCCGGGGAGCUGGCCAAGCACGCCGUGUCGGAGGGUACAAAGGCGGUGACCAAGUACACCAGCUCCAAGUGAGACACCUCACUGCUGAAAGCAGACACCAAUCCAAAACCCAACGGCUCUUUUAAGAGCCACCCACAAUUGCACUGAGGCAGCUGAACCGUUUUAACUUGGAUAGUCGAUGCUGGAAAAUCUGAGACAACAAGGUGUGGGCCUGGGUGAACACAGCAAGCCGAGCAGCGUCAGAGGAGCAGGAAUGUUGUCAUUUCGGGGCGAGACCCUUCUUAAGAAAUUAGGUUUUAACUUUGUGGUUUAUUCUGGGUCUGUAUAAUUCAUGUCCCUAAGCUUUGUGUUUCGUUUUCAAUAAACUUUAUUCUCGGUUGCGUA